AUGACUCCAAAACAAUCUCCAAUCAAACAAGCUCCACCACUAGUUCAAUCUAAUAAAAUUAAUAGCAUUAGACAACUUUGUACUAUAGUUUACCACCAAGAUCCAUCAUUAUUCGAAUAUAAAAAAGAAUCAGAAGAUUAUUCUUUUACAACAAACCCUCCCUUUGCCCCUCAAGAUGUUAUUGCGAGUGCUGAAUCUCAUGGUGAAGCAUCUUUCAAUAUUUAUGAAAGAGGUGAAAUUCUUCGGAAAAAAGAUUUGUAUUACAUCCCCACAAAUAAUCAAUCUACUCGUACAAUAAAUAUCAGAAGUUACAGUGAUAAUUAUGGAUUUGAUGACGAUAAUGGCAACUACGUUGUUAUUCCUCAUGAUCACAUAAAUUAUCGAUACGAGAUUGAUCGUGUUUUAGGUAAUGGUUCUUUUGGUAAUGUUGUACUUUGUAAGGAUCAUAAAUAUUUCAAUGGUAACCAAAAUAAAAUGGUUGCUUUGAAAAUUAUUAAAAAUGAUUUAAAUUGGUCAUUACAAGCAGUUUACGAAAUCAAAAUGUUAAAACAUUUAAAUGAAAAUUUCAAAUCUCCUGUGUUAACUUAUUAUGAUCAUUUCCAUUUCCGUGGUCAUAUGUGUAUUAUUACUGAAGUUCUUUCAUUAAACUUAUACUCGCUUCUAGAAAUCACAAAAUUUAAAGGUUUUUCAAUAAAUUUACUUAAAAAAUUUUCUUAUCAGAUUUUGAAAGGGUUACAAUUUAUUCAUAAUAAUAAAAUUAUUCAUUGUGAUAUUAAACCAGAAAAUAUAAUGAUUAAGUUUCCUAAUAAUUUUGAUCCUAAUAGUAUUAAUGAAUGUAAUGACUUUACGAUUAAAAUUAUUGAUUUUGGUUCCUCUUGUUUUAAUAAUGAAAUUUCUUACUCUUAUAUCCAAUCAAGAUUUUAUCGGGCUCCAGAAGUUAUCAUUGGUGCAAAAUAUAACUCCAUGAUUGACCUUUGGUCAUUUGGUUGUGUUAUUGCAGAGUUAUACACGGGAAUACCUCUUUUCCCUGGGAAAAAUGAACUAGAACAAAUAGGACUCAUUUCAGAAGUAUUUGGGGCACCUAGUAGUUCUCUAAUCGUGUCUCAACGUAAUCUCUUAUUAAGAUCCAUAAGGAGUCAAAAUGCUGCUAAAAACAUCUUAGAUGGUGCUUUAAUGAAUCAAAAUAACAUGAAUAAAAAUAGUUCGAUUGAUGAAAAAUCAAUUAAGCGUACCUUGUUGUAUACUUUAUUUGAUUCAGAAGGUAAAUUUAAUUUACAAUUUCUAAACGUUAGAUUACAAACGAUCGCUCAGUCCCAGACUCCAAACAACUAUAAUAAUACAGCUCCCAGGCGUAAUUUCAGAUUAAAUUCCAAAAACUUGGAAAUAAUGCUCAAAUUAGCUGCAAAUAAUGAAGACCGAAGCACUGGUCAAUCCUUCAUCAAAUUUUUGCAGUCUAUUUUCAAAUGGGAUCCUAAUGAAAGAUUAAAUGCUGCAGAUCUUUUAGCUCACCGUUUCCUACAAAACUAG